AUGGUGUUCUUCUUGGAGGACGUCAUGGCAUGCGCGAAGCGGCUACUGGAAUGGAUCGCUGGCUGGCUUCCUCGUCACUGCAUCGGGGCCAUCCUGGUAUCCCUGCCUGCCCUUGCUGUCUACUCACACAUCACCUCUGAGUUUGAGACAAACAUACAUUUCACCAUGUUCACUGGCUCAGCUGUGCUGGUGGCUGUCGUCCACUACUGUAACUUCUGCCAGCUCAGCUCCUGGAUGAGGUCCUCCCUUGCCACCAUUGUGGGGGCUGGCCCGCUGCUUCUGCUCUAUAUUUCCCUGUGCCCAGACAGUUCCAUAGCAAUUUCACCUCUGGAUGCAGCACUGAACUUCAGUGCCCAGAGGAACCCAUGCAACAGCUCGCUGCUGCAGGACAGCAGGAGGCCAGCCAGCCUCGUGGGCAAGGAACUCAUCCUCGCCUUCUUCCUCCUGCUUCUGUUGGUCUGGUUCCUGAACCGAGAGUUCGAAGUCAGCUACCGCCUGCACUACCAUGGGGAUGUGGAGGCAGAUCUUCACCGCACCAAGAUCCAGAGCAUGAGGGACCAGGCCGACUGGCUGCUGAGGAACAUCAUCCCCUACCACGUGGCCGAGCAGCUCAAGGUGUCCCAGACCUACUCCAAGAACCAUGACAGCGGUGGAGUCAUCUUUGCCAGCAUUGUCAACUUCAGCGAAUUCUACGAGGAGAACUACGAGGGGGGCAAGGAAUGCUACCGGGUCCUCAACGAGCUGAUCGGAGACUUCGACGAGCUCCUGAGCAAGCCGGACUACAGCAGCAUUGAGAAGAUCAAGACCAUUGGGGCUACGUACAUGGCGGCUUCGGGGCUGAACACAGCCCAGUGCCAGGAGGGCGGACACCCGCAGGAGCACCUGCGGGUCCUGUUUGAGUUUGCCAAGGACAUGAUGCGUGUGGUGGAUGACUUCAAUAACAACAUGCUGUGGUUCAACUUCAAGCUCAGGGUGGGCUUCAACCAUGGGCCCCUGACAGCCGGCGUCAUCGGCACCACCAAGCUGCUGUACGACAUCUGGGGGGACACCGUCAACAUCGCCAGCAGGAUGGACACCACCGGAGUGGAGUGCCGCAUCCAGGUGAGCGAGGAGAGCUACCGUGCCCUGAGCAAGAUGGGCUAUGACUUUGACUACCGAGGGACAGUGAACGUCAAGGGGAAAGGGCAGAUGAAGACCUACCUUUACCCAAAGUGCAUGGACAAUGGGGUCGUGCCGCAGCACCAGCUGUCCAUCUCCCCAGACAUCCGCGUCCAGGUGGAUGGCAGCAUUGGGCGGUCUCCCACGGACGAGAUUGCCAACCUGGUGCCUUCUGUCCAGUAUUUGGACAAGACAUCCCUGGGCUCCGAGGACAACACACAGGCCAAAGACGUGCAUCUGUCUUCUAAGAGACCCUGGAAAGAGCCCAUCAAAACGGAAGAAAGGUGUCGAUUUGGCAAAGCCAUAGAGAAGGAUGACUGUGAAGAGGCAGAAAUGGAAGAAGCCAACGAACUCACCAAGCUCAACGUCUCAAAAAGUGUGUGAGGCAGCACCGAGCUGCCACGGUGCUCUGUUCAUCAAAACACAAUAAUAUUUGUAUCUGGCUGUCGUGCUUUCUAUGCACCUCAGUUUCUGUCCCUGGACGUGGUGUUAUGUGGUCGUUUCAGCCCUAAUUUCUGUGUGGAUCACAGUUAUUUAGGGCUCAUUUCCACUCAUUUCUUCUUUCCUUUGCUCUCUUCCCUGGAAACCUGCCUCCUUUGGGGGGAUUCGUUCAGCCAAGUGAAGGAGAACAAGUGCCUUCAGGGGAUGGCCUUGGCCUUGAGUCUAGGACUGAGGCCACCAGUGGAAAUCAUGGCUCUUGGUAUUAUUUGACUUUUAAAAAAAAAUGCAGUGGUUAAGAUAUCAUUUUUAUUGCCUUUUCUCACAAGACUUUUUUUUUUUUGGCUCAUACUGUGUUUUGAGUUUGUUUCUCUAUAUAUAUGUCAGUAGUGUUCCCAGUCACCUGGCCUUUCUGAGCACACACACGCACACACUUUUGUGUAUGAACCUGACAUAAAGUGCCAGUAACUCACCAGGAAGGGGUGUGGGGAAGUGGGGCUGAGAAAGCUCAGCGAGCACCCUCCCCACACUCUCCUGGGACCUGGGCCCUCGCCCAAGUGGGCUGUGGGUGGACCAUGCUCCUGAUACCAGGUGGGUUCAGGGGUUCACCUGCAUUCAGGCCAACAUUUCAAAUGCUCACUGGGCACAAAGCUUGUGAACCCAGGCCUCAGGUAUCUCAAAGCCGUUUUUUUUCAUCCUGACCCUCUGCUGAGGGCUCUUCCAGUCGGGAGUGAAGGUGUUUGUCUUGGAAGCUGACUCACCUGAGGGAGAAAUUCAAACGUCUGAGGGUUGCUUUUAUUUAUUUAUUUAUUUAUCAGGCUAUGUGUUUGGGGGCGGGGUGCUGGGUCAUUUUGGUGGAGGAAAAUAGGCUGGCAAGGGUGAUUUGCAAAGGGCCCCCACAGACUGGUGACAAGAGGUCCCUUCCUGUUUCAUGUUUGGCUACUUGGUGCCAUGCUGCCAGCAAGGGUGCUCCCUCUUGUGGGGAUCUGGAGCAAAACCGGUUGGUCUCAAAGCAGAUCCCUGCAGGCCGCAUCUCUUGGCUUCUACAGAUCUAAGAAGUUUCUCCAUUCUCUCCCACUCUCACACUGCACAGGCUGAGUGCUGGCAGGAUUUAAUCUUGUGAGCCGACACAACCCUCUUGAGAGGGGCUUCCUACGGUGCACUGAGGGCCAGAACCACCUGUGUGCAAACCGUCACCCAGCCAGUAGGAGGCAGGAAAGAAAAAACCUAAAGAAAAUCAUGUCUGGGCUCUUGGCUGCCAAUCCUGCUUGUAAUUAUGUUUUUUCACAUUGAGUCUGAAGUCUGUGUCAAGUAACUCAGUCUGGAAUGGCCCUGUCAUAGUUAUUUUCCCAGAUAACAUGACAUGCCUAAGAAGUAGUUCUGAGUCUGUUGGAGAUAUUCACGCUGUUUCCUGUGUGUUCCUUCAUUGAAGAGCCUCACCCCUCAUCACUCGUCCCCAAAGAUUGACAGAACCUGCUGUGUCCAGCAUGAUGACAUCUCCAUCUGGUCAGCCACCUCCCCGGGGGAUGGAAUAGCCAUCCAGCAGCCCUGCCUUCUCGGGACCCAGAGUGUUUUUAGUGACUGUAAAUAUUCCUUCAGGUUUGACUGUCAGUUUGUUGGUCUUCCAACUCUGAGGAAAGGAUGGUCAAUACCUCUUGCUUCUGAAGAAUGUAUUCUUAUAAAAUACCGUAGAUUUUUUUUCCCUUAAAAAACACUACCUGAUACUUUCCUCGUGCUAGGGAUGUGGGCACAUUGGGUUUCCUCCUGUCAGUAUUAAGGUCUGUAUCUGAGUGUCCAUCUGUCCUCUGCCUUCCACCUCCAGACUGUGUAACUUUGAGAGGCUGGCCAGUUGCCCUUGUCAUUCUGUCUCACUCAAUAUCCUCCCUGUCAAACCACUUUCCUUCCCCUACCACAAAGAUGUUUGUGAUGCCCUCCCACCCAUACCCUUCUCCUCCCAGGACCCCCACAGCUGCAAACCAAUGGGAGAGAAUCAUUAACCUCCAGUGGUCUUGUUCAGUGUUGUGUAAAUGGAGCCCCCAAAGAAGGGCAAUUCACGCAGAGUGUAAAUGGUCUUUAAAAACACCCCGAGCCUUCCUAAAGAACCAGUGCAGAUGGCCUCUUGGGGCCUUCCCAGCUCCCUGCUCCAAAGCAUACCUCAGUGCGGAACCACAGAAUCUCCACAGCACACCUGCCGUGCGUCUCGGUCUGCUGGCAUUGAACAAAUAGUUGUUGCAGAAGACAGACGGCUCCUAGGCAGUGGGCUCAAGUGCUGUCAGCAGGAUGGAGGCGUCUUUCAGGUGGCAAUACGUCUUAGGAACCUAGGGCAGGAAGCAAUACUUGAGAAUUGAAUGUGUGUAAAUAGUAGCUUUGCGUUGCAAUUGCUCAUUUCUUCUCAGCCCCAUCUCAGAUCAAAUUUUGUACAUCUGUAUGAUGAAAAAGCACAUAAUUUCACCUGACGCAAAUAAAUAUAGAGGUCAGUUAUGAACCCUCAAAUCGCUUAAAGGGUCCCCCACAUUGUGCCACACCUCGCAUGGCUCCUUCGUCACUGACGUCACUCACGGGGACGACACACUGCACAUUUGCACAUGACACAGAAAGCCAAAGGCAGUGUACCAUUACCUGGGCUGUAAUCACUCAGAGUCUCCAAAGAUACAGCUGCAUUUGAAUUUCUAGAUUUUUUUGAGGUAAGCAUUUUUCAUUGGUUGUUUUGAAAAUCACAUCAUGUCUACAAUCUGAAAUUAAAUUAGCAAGAACCAAUUGUUUGUGUUUUUCAUUUCCUCUGCUCUGCUCUUUUUAAAUUGUUAAUUCUAAGAAUUUCAAAAUGCAUUCACUGAAGAA